ACUUUUUAGAUGAUGUUGGUGCCGCUGACCAUGGUACUUUUUGUAGCGUUGGUGUACGCUCAACCAGCUAUAAAUGAAAUUCGGCCACAAAGCAACAGGCCAGGAAGAUUCCUAUCUCUUCCCAUACCUCAAAAAUGUGCAAACCGGCCGAAAGAAUUCAACUAUAGAGGGCACAACUACUUCUACAGCGGACAUAUUCCCGCUCAUGCAAAUCAAAGGGUGGAUUGGUUGGAUGCUAGAAACAUUUGCAGAGAAUAUUGUAUGGAUCUUGUUUCAAUGGAAACGCAAGAUGAAAAUAAUUUAAUCUUCAGACUUAUUCAACAAAAUGAUGUUCCUUAUAUUUGGACUUCUGGACGUCUUUGUGAUUUCAAAGGUUGUGAAAAUCGUCGUGACCUUGAACCUAAAGCUCUUUAUGGAUGGUUCUGGUCGGCCAACAGAAAGAAAAUGUCACCAACAAAUCAAAUCCCUGAAGGUUGGUCUUUCAAUCCAUGGUCUCAAACUGGUCACAAGAAAGUUAGACAACCUGAUAACGCUGAAUUUGAUAUAAAUGGCACUAGCGAAUCUUGCAUGUCUGUUCUUAACAAUGUUUAUAAAGAUGGAAUCAGUUGGCACGAUGUGGCUUGUUAUCACCAGAAACCAUUUGUUUGUGAAGAUUCCGAAGAACUUUUGAACUAUGUGGCCAGUACCAAUCCCAACAUUCGCCUUUAAAGGCCUCGUGAAUAAAUAAUCUAUGUCAUUAGCACUUGUUUUAUCCGUUUCUCUUGCAGUUUAGACGAGACACGAAUUAAAAACAGAAAGAAAA